AUGGCGUUCCUUCAACGGCACGUCGUCAACCACUUCAUGGCGCAAAACGCCUCCCAGGAUUCCGGUCCGGCAGCGCGGGUCGUCACGGCCGUAGAUGACUUCAUCCACGCCCAUUCCCCUUCUACCUUGGUCCUCGGGGCGGUUUUCGCGACCACGAUUGCCGUCUCGCUGCAUGUGGUGCUCAAGAACACCGUGCUGCACCCACUCCGCAAUGUCCCUGGCCUCUGGUUCGCCGGCUUGACCUCGUGGUAUGAGUUUUACUUUGAUGUCAUCCGCAAUGGAACGUACAUUCACUAUUGGGACGACUGGCACAAAUCUUAUAAUUCGUCUAUUAUCCGGGUGUCACCCAACCAUGUCCACGUCAACGACCCUGAGUUCUACAAGAAGCUCUUCGCCAUCGGAUCUCCGUUUCGAAAAGCUCGUUGCUUCUAUCAUGCGUUCGGCUUAUCCAGUGCCAUCGGAUCGGAGUGGGAUCCUAAAACCCACCACCGUCACCGUGCCGCCAUGAACCCGGGUUUCUCCCCGAAGUCCUUGGCCUCGUUCACCCCGACGAUUCUUCGACAUACUCGUGGAUCAAUGGAUGACAUUGCGGCUCGCGGGCGCAAGGGAAUGGCCAUCAUCGUGCCCCGCCAUGCGAAGUCUCUGACCGUCGACGUCGUAUCUGAAGUGACCUUUGGUCGGCCCUUGGGCCUCAUUGGCUCUCUUGACGAGGAGCCAAUCGUGCUGCGAGAUCUGUCGGCAUUUAUGAGCCAAUUCCACAUGGUGAAACACAUUCCCGCCUGGAGAUGGUUGCUCACCAACCUUCCGGGUGGCCUAUCAAAACAGCUCAUGCCGGGAUACUUUGAUCUCCGUGAGAAAGCCUUGGACUGCGUCAACGAACUGAUCGAAGAACGCAAAAACCAAAACCGCUCCCAGGAGGAGUACACCGAGGGCGCCGGAUUUAUCUUCGAAUUGCUGCUGAGACCGAACCCCAAGAAAGGUUACAAGCCCCCAGAUGCGGCGGCCAUGGUCGAUGAGGGAUGCGCUUUCAUCGUGGGCGGCAGCGAUACCACCGGCUUCACCAUCGAAGCCGUCACCUACACCGUCCUGAAGUACCCCGGUGUCUUCCAGCGCUUGCGCGAGGAGCUCGACGCAGCUUCAUCCAUUAUCAAGGAUGAUUUCGAUAUUCAGGCCAUCUUGAGACUGCCGUGGCUCAGCGCCGUGAUCAAAGAGACGAUGCGUCUAUUCACUCCCACUCCUGGUCCGCUGCCUCGCGAAGUCCCUCCUGAGGGUGUUCAAGUGGGCCCCUAUUUCCUUCCUGGCGGUACCAUCGUAUCCCACAGUCUCCAAAGUUUGCACCACAACCCCGACAUCUUCCCGGACCCAGAAAGCUUCAAACCGGAGCGAUGGCUCGGAGAGCAAGGCACUAAGCUCACCGAGUGGUGGAACCCGUUCAGCAGAGGAACUCGCUCUUGCAUCGGACAAUAUCUCGCUUUGAAUGAGAUCCACAGCUUCAUCGCGCAUCUUUUCCUGCGCUUUGAUCUCGAGCUCUUCCAGACCGACGAAAGGAGCGUGGAAUGGGUGGAGCACAUGUUCACUAAGUUUCGGGACCCUAUCCAAGUGAAGGUCCGGAAGGAUCGGUGGGCUGAGCUGUAG